GGCCCGGCUGGCGGUUAUGGGCGGGGGCGCGGCAGCCAAUCAGCGCGGCCGUGAGGGGAGUUCGAAUCGGCGGAGCGGCGGCAAUGGAGCGCGGAGGGACGAGGAAAAGCGAGGUGCUGGCGGCCGAGGCCGUGACCUGCCUGAAUCGGGCCAUGGCGGCCCUGCGGGACAUCUGGGAAGAGAUCGGUAUUCCCGAGGAGCAGCGGCUGGAGCGCACCGACACCGUCAGGAAGCACAUCAAGAGUCUCCUGGACAUGAUGGUGGCAGAGGAGGAAAGCCUGAAGGAGCGUCUCCUCAAGAGCAUCGUCCUGUGUCGGAAGGAGCUGGAUACCCUCUGCAGGGAGCUCCAGCUGGGCCCCUUUGAGACAGAGGAGGAAAGCACUAUCCUGCAGAUGGAGAAAAACCUGCGCACCUGUGUGGAGGUGCUGCAGAAGCAGAAGCGGGACCGGAAGCAGGAGCUGAAGGCCCUCCAGGAACAGGACCGAGCCCUGUGUGACAUCCUGUGUACACCUCUGUUCAGUAUCGACACUAGCAGUGUGCCCAGCCUGGAGGACCUGGACCGCUACCGGCGCCACGUGGCCUCCCUCAACACCCUGAAGGAGCAAAGGCGGGAAGAAUUUGUCAGCAACAAGCGUCAGAUCAUUCUGCUCAUGGAGGAGCUGGACCACACCCCGGACACCAGCUUUGAGCGGGAUGUGGUGUGUGAGGAUGAGAAGGUGUUCUGCCUGUCUCAGGACAACAUCAUGGCCCUCCAGAAACUGCUGCAGCAGCUGGAAGCCCAGCGAGCCCUGAAUGAGGCUGUGUGCACAGAACUGCGCACCAGGAUCGUCGCGCUCUGGGAAAGGCUGCAGAUCCCAGAGGAGGAGAGAGAGUCCUCGGCCGUGCACCUGUCUUGGUCCAGAGUCAAAACGAAGAGAGCUUUGCAACAGGAAGUGGACCGUCUGGAAGAGCUGAAGCUGCAGAACAUGAAAUCUGUAAUCCAUGCAAUCCGGGCAGAGCUGGCUGACUAUUGGGACAAAUGCUUCUACAGCCAGGAGCAGAGGGAGAACUUCAGCCCCUUCUAUGAUGAGGAUUACACAGAGACCCUGCUCGAGCUGCAUGAUGCUGAGGUGGGCAAGAUGAAGAUCUACUAUGAAACACACAAAGAUCUGUUUGAGGCUGUUCAGAAAUGGGAGGAGAAUUGGAAGCUGUUCCUGGAGCUGGAGAGUAAAGCAGCUGACCCCAGUCGCUUCACCAAUCGUGGAGGAAGCCUUCUGAAGGAGGAGAAGCAGCGAGCAAAGCUGCAGAAGACACUGUCUAAGCUGCAGGAGGAGCUGGAGAGAAAGGUCCAGGCCUGGGAGCAGGAGUUCAAGGGAGCUUUCCUGGUGAAGGGCCAGCAGUUCAUGGAGUAUGUGUCAGAGCAGUGGCAGCUCUACCGUCUGGAGAAGGAGAAGGAGAAGCAGGAGCGGCACCUGAAGAAGAGCCGGGAGAUGGAGGCAGAGAUGCUGUAUGGCAGUGCCCCACGGACACCCAUUAAGCGGCGCAUGCUCAGCCCCCAUGCACCUGCCAAAGUAAGCAAGCUCCACGGCACCUUCAGUGCUUGCACCACACCCAACACCACUGUUCGCACAGCCUUUGGGGGAGCCAUCUCCCACUCGCCCACAUCUCGGCUGCCACCCUCCGGGAAGUUUGGCCGGACCCGGACCUCCACCCGCACGGCAGUGCAGCCCCCCCGACCCAAGCUGAGGGAGCGGAACAAGGAAAACAUGUCCCCCCUGAGCGGUGGGUGCACCCCCACAGCCCCUGCCCAGCGUAACCACAGCGUUAGUUCUGUUGCCAGCACCUAUUCUGAGUUUGCGCGCGGACUUUCAAAGGCUUCCACCUUUGAAAGCGCCUCUAAUGUUCUCAACUCCACCACCAACAAUGCCUCCUGAUGAACCCCUGCUCAGGCAGCAAUGCAGGGCCUUGCAGCAUCUCCUACUCAAUGAUAACCUGCCCCUCAGUUUCUGCCUUAGAAAUGUGGUUUUAUUUAAAAAAAAAUUCUAGGUGUUGUGAAUAAAGUCCUUGUACA